GAGAAGCCAUAAAUGCGUGGAGUGUGGAAAGACCUUUGCUCAGAGCAGUGGACUUAGUUACCACAAAAAGAUCCACACUGGGGAAAAGCCAUUUAAAUGCAUGGAGUGUGGAAAGACCUUUGCUCAAAGAAGUACUCUUAUUUCCCAUAAGAGUGUCCACACAGGGGAGAAGCCGUAUAAAUGCACGCAGUGUGGAAAAACCUUUACUCAAAAAAGUAAUCUUAUUUCCCAUAAGAGUGUCCACACAGGGGAGAAACCGUAUAAAUGCAUGGAGUGUGGAAAGACCUUUGCUCUAAAAGGUAAUCUUAUUUCCCAUAAAAAGAUCCACUCAGAAGAGAAACUAUUUAAAUGCAUGGAGUGUGGAAAGACCUUUGCUCAGAGCAGUGGACUUAGUUGCCACAAAAAGAUCCACACAGGGGAAAAGCCAUUUAAAUGCAUGGAGUGUGGAAAGACCUUUGCUCAAAGAGGUAAUCUUAUUUCCCAUAAGAUGAUCCACACAGGGGAGAAGCCAUUUAAAUGCAUGGAAUGUGGCAAAAAGAUCCACACAGGGGAAAAGCCAUUUAAAUGCAUGGAGUGUGGAAAGACCUUUGCUCAAAGAGGUAAUCUUAUUUCCCAUAAGAUGAUCCACACAGGGGAGAAGCCAUUUAAAUGCACGGAAUGUGGAAAGACCUUUGCUCAAAGAGGUAAUCUUAUUUCCCAUAAGAGUGUCCACACAGGGGAGAAACCGUAUAAAUGCACGGAGUGUGGAAAGACCUUUGCUCAAAGAGGUCAUCUUAUUUCCCAUAAGAUGAUCCACACGAGAGGCUGCAGGAGAGUCUGGCUGGAGAUCAGAUGUGUCCCAGAUACAGAAACUGAAGCCAUUUGA